UGUAGAGGCCAUCCAGCAAAUUUGAUCAAAUGGCCACGCCAUUUGCGUCCAUGGCUGUGAAAUGGGCGCUAGACAAACUCUCGUCCUUGAUGGUGCCGGAGAGGAUAAUACCGGUGGCUUUCUCCUCUUCCUCCUCUAUCAGCCAGGGCAUGAUGGACCUACGGGUUCUGGAGAGGACCAUGCAAAGAAUCCACGCCACGCUUGUGGAUGCUGAGGAGCACUGGAACAUCCACGAGGAAACCGCCAAACUGCGGCUCAAGGAGCUAAAGGAGCUGGCCUACGGUGCACAGGAUGUGGUAGAGGAGUAUGAGUACGAAGUGAACCGCUGCAGACCGGAGGACCCUGAUAGAUACGCCUGCAACGGUAGUAAGCGCAAGCGCCAUCAGGUCAAUGGUGAGCACCUCUCUGAAGUUGGAUUGGUCCCAGUUUCAAAUGAGCUGGCUACCAAAGCAAGGGAACUUAUUCAGAGAUUUGAUGAGAUGAAAGUCUACUAUAAAUACUUUAGCAUAUCUGAUAAUGAUGGGGUGCGCCGGACUGCCCCUGGUAUCGAAUGCGUACGUCCCACCAGCUAUUUUGUAGUUAAAGAGAGCAUUGUUGGAAGGGAGUCAGACAGGGAGAAAGUUAUAGAAAAGUUGAUGUUUGGAGAAGGUAGCAAUGUUGCGAGUCACUUGUCUGUCUUGGCCAUUGUUGGUACGGGGGGUUUGGGUAAAACAACUCUAGCACAGCUUGUAUACAAUGACCAAACUAUGUGCCAAUCAUUUGAUGUCCGUGCAUGGGUUUAUGUGUCCGACCAUUUUGAGCCAAAAAGCUUAAUGGAAAAAAUUGCUGUUUCUAUAGAAGAGCUGAGCAAUGAAUUAUCCUCUCCAAAAGAAAAUAGCAAGGAAUUAUCAGAAUUGGUCGACCCUCGGAAUAAGUUGGUCAAGAAGAUAAAAGGGAAGAGAAUUUUUCUUGUGUUGGAUGAUGUAUGGAAUGAAAGAAUGGAUUGUUGGGAAGCAUUCCAAGACCCAAUGUUGGCUGCCCAACAGUGUAAGAUUUUAGUAACCACUCGUAAUUUGCCAGUAGCAAGAUUGGUGCAGACAAUGCCACACUAUUCCAUGAACCACUUAAGCCCCCAGGAGAGCUGGACGUUGUUUAAAAGAACGGUUACAACACCUGAGAAUGCCAUUCAAGGAAAUCUUGUAGACAUUGCCAAGAAGAUUGUUGAAAAGUGUGACAGGUUACCACUCGCAAUCAAAACUCUAGGGAGCAUGUUAAGAUAUGAAACUCAUGAAAGUAGAUGGAUAGAUAUCCUUGAAAGUGAUCUAUGGGAUUUAGAUAAAGCACAGAGCGAGGUUUUACCAGCCUUGAAGCUGAGCUACAAGAACAUGCCCGUGCACUUAAAACAAUGUUUCCUUGCCCUUUGUCUGUUCCCAAAAGGUCGUUUACGUGGCAAAUCUGAGGUUAUUUGGCUAUGGAAAUUGCUUGAUAUGCUUAAGGAUGAUGAAAGGAACGAUGGGGACAAAAAUGGAAACCGAUAUUUUGAUGAACUAGUACAAAGGUCAUUUCUUCAAUUAUUUUCGGGUUCUUGCAUCAUGCAUGAUCUAAUCCAUGAUCUCGCAUGCCAUCUUUCUGGUAAUGAGUUCUUUAGACUUGAAGGUGACAAACCGGUUCAAAUUCCAGAAAAUACUCGAUUUAUGUCCAUACACAAUUGUGAUACGUCUGUGCAAUUUUCAGUUACAUCGCACCCUCUGUGGGCCAUCAUUGUGUUUGGGGUGAAAAACUAUUCCAGAGUUAAUAAUCCAGAACAUUUCUUUUUGUACUGCAAAAAUUUGCGGGUCCUUAGCUUAUCUUAUAGCAACAUUGGUAAGGCAUUACCAAGAUACAUCAGUGGCCUGAAAUUACUUCGCCGUUUGGAACUUCCACUUGAUGGAGACUAUCUUAAAUUAAUUUGCAACUUGGGGCCUACAGACAGGGUUGACUAUCUUAAAGAGCUAGAGUGUGCACCAAAUGGGAUUGGUAACCUAAUUAACCUACACACUUUGCGUGACAUACGUAUCAGGAGAUGUGGUUGCAGUUUUAAUUUGAGUGAGCUGAAGAACCUGAACAAAUUAAGGGAGCUGCGUAUAAGAGGACUAGGUAAUUUAUCUCAUACAGAAGAUGCAAAUGAAGUUCAACUUGUGAGUAAGAAGCACCUCCAUUUACUAGAAUUGAACUUUUCUGAUGAGAAGGAGUGCCAAAAGGAGCAAUGUCAACAAUUGCUGCAACAAUAUGAAAAAGUAUCCCACGAGCAAUUGGAAUUGGAUUUUACAUUUGAAGAAGGGUUCAAAAAAUUUCGGUACCAGAGCGUGCAGCAACUUGAAUAUGUUACAGUAUCUCAUAAUGAAAUACUUGAGAGCCUGAGACCACAUGAAGGCUUAAUAAAUCUGAUAAUAGAAGAUUACGAUUGUCAGAGCUACCCUAAUUGGCUCGGUAAUGCUUCAUUUUCAAGGUUAACCGUAUUAGUAAUAUCGGCGCGUAGAAAGUGGGUAAGGCAACAACGUGUUCCAACACUUGGCGAGCUACCUGCCCUCAAGUCUCUCAAGAUUAGUAGCAUGUAUUAUCUGGAACACAUUGGCCGGGAGUUUUGCAGCCAUGCUCCUGGAAUCAAAGGCUUCCCAUCAUUAACAAGCUUGGAAUUUUCAUAUAUACCAUGGUGGAAUGAGUGGACCGGUGUAGAUUAUGGAGAUUUCCCCUUGAUGGAAACACUGUCACUCAGAACGGUCUAUAAACUGCGAGCUCUUCCAUUGGAUCGAUUUCCUUCUUUGGGCACACUGACAUUGGAUGAAUGUGAUGGUAUCGAUACCAUUCCUGCAGGUGGAACCAUUAAGAAGCUAUGCAUUGGAGGGUGCUAUGGCCUAUAUACUCUCCCUACCCAAUCCUCACUCCUAAAGCUGCAGCUAAAGGAUUGCCCGAGACUGAGUGUAGUCAGUUCCAUGCCUGAACUGGACACAUUAGAGAUAUUUAAAUGUCCAAAGCUGACUGCAGUGGGUUUCAUGCCUAAACUUCAAACUUCUAAUAUACAACAUUGUCGAAACCUGAUUACAAUAGAUUCCAUGCAUGACUGAACUCUUCAGAUUGAAUGUAGAAGAAUGUCCAAACCUGCAGCUGCAGCGGGAUUCGUUGCCUAAACUCGACACCUUUGAAAUACAGAGUUGUCUAAACCUGACUGUAGUGUACAUUCCUAUUCAUCAGCAACGCCUGUCAUCGCUCUCUAGCUAGGAUUUUGUUAUGGCACUGUGAAAAAUCAGGAGUCUUUA